AUGCCGGUCACAAAGUCAUCAAGUUUCCUCAUCGUCGGAGCAGGGACCUGGGGAUCAUCAACAGCCCUGCACCUCCUGCGACGAAGCUACAAGAAUGUUACCCUGGUCGAUCCGUAUCCAAUGCCAUCACCUCUAUCCGCAGGAAACGACGUGAACAAGAUUGUUGAACAAGGCAAUUUCUCCGAAGGCGACGACGAGGCGUGGGUUUCUCGCUAUCUCCUUCGAACCGCAAUGGAAGGCUGGACGCACGACCCGAUCUUCACCCCGUACUUCCACGACACGGGAUACAUUGUGGCUGCGAGCUCACCGGACGGCCUCAAGAAGCUACACGACCGCGAGCGGCCCGACCUGAACCCGGAGUUCGUCGAGUUGGAGGACGCCGAAUCCUUCCGCAAAACCAUGCCCGCUGGUGUUCUGCAGGGCGAGUUCCCCGGCUGGAAGGGCCUGUACAAACAGACCGGUGCAGGCUGGGUGCAUGCACGCAAGGCGAUGGAGUCGUGUUUCAACGAGGCGCAAAGACUGGGUGCCAAAUUCGUGGUCGCAGAGGUGACUGAGUUUAUCUUUGGCAACGGCGACGUCAAGGGCGUCCGGACCAAAGAGGGCCGCGAUAUCCUGGCUGAUAUAACCAUCCUCUGUGCCGGUGCAAAUGCCAACCAGUUGCUCGAUUUUAAGGACCAGUUACGGCCGACCGCCUGGACCUUGGCUCAUAUUCAGAUGACGCCCGACGAGACGCGACUGUUCAAGAACUUGCCCGUCUUGUUCCAUAUCGAAAAGGGCUUCUUCAUGGAACCGGACGAGGAUAAGCAUCAACUCAAAAUGUGCGACGAGCAUCCUGGCUACUGCAACUGGGUUGAGCGUCUGGAUGGAUCUAGGCAGAGCAUUGCCUUACCGGUUGACCUACUCCCAGUUGAUGCCGAACAGCGUUGUCGCCAGUUCCUGCGCGAGACCAUGCCCCAACUGGCAGACAGACCUUUUGUGCUAGGCCGUUUGUGCUGGUGUGCCGAUACCCCAAACCGGUCUUUUCUGAUCGAUAGACAUCCCGAUCAUCCCUCCUUGAUUAUCGGUGCUGGUGGCUCCGGUCAUGGAUUCAUGCAUAUCCCUGCUGUCGGAGGGUAUAUUGCCGAUGUUAUCGAAGGGAAGUUGCAUCCUAAGCUGAAGGAUUCGUUCAAAUGGAGGCCCGAGACUGCUGUUGGCAGGAACUGGGAAGAUACUCAGGGUCGCUUUGGCGGUCCGAAUCAAAUCAUGGACCUGCAGAAGGUCAAGGGAUUCACCAAUAUCUCCAGCGACGAUGGUGAUGCCGAUGUUAAUGCCAAAUUAUAG